AAGUCAAAUGUCUCAUUUGUUAGGACAUCCCCACCGCCACCAUCACACACAAAGUCAAAGACACUCAGUUAGACACAUACCACUCACAAGUUUUAUGCAUAAUUAUUGCAACACUUGUGUAAUAGAACUAUGACCAGUCCUGUUGUUCUCCUUCUGGUGUUGCUAAUACCUGCCAGCACAGCAGAUAGCACAGGUUCUGUAGCUACAAGCUGUGAGGCUUGUCACCCAAACGCUGCCUGUUCUCUGUUCCCUCUUGAUAAUGAGAUUGAAGGCCCAGUCCGUCAUUCGCAGUCAGUCAUUUGUAACUGCAGAGAAGGCUAUGUGGGGGACGGUCUCAAUUGCUACGACCGAACAGCCUGCCAAAGAAAUGACUCUUGUUGUGACCAAGGUUAUCGUUGGUCCUCAGAGCUAGGCUGUGUGGACGUUGACGAGUGUUCCCUCCCUGACCAACCUUGCGCAGGUUCUCAGGUCUGUGAAAACACCCUCGGGUCCUUCACCUGCCUGGUGUCUCCAGAAGACCCGCACACCCAGGGCCCGCGCUCCGUGCUGUUCGGCUGUGGCGGCACACAGUGUCCCGCUGGGCAGGACUGCCUCAGCAUCAACGGUACCACGCGCUGCGGUGACCCCUGUCAAAUAUACACUGAACUGAAUGACAGUUGGCGUUCCACAAACGUCAGAGCGAACCACAGUGCUCCGGAGUGUGACAGCCGAGGCGAUUGGCGGGGUUGGUAUCGCAUGUUCAUCGGAAAUGCCAGCGUCCAGAUGCCGGAGAGAUGCAUUAGCAGUCACUUGUGCGGCACCGAUGCCCCGCUGUGGCUAAGAACCCCCCACCCAGUGCCCUCAGAUGGGAUAGUGAAGCGUCGCGUGUGUGGCAGUUGGGAGCGAGGCUGCUGCCAGUUCCAAUCCAAUCCAAUCCAUGUUAAAGCGUGCCCUGGAAACUACUACGUCUACAAAUUCGUCAGCCCGACUUUAUGCCGAUUAGCCUAUUGUGCAGACGCCAACACUGCAGUGUGUGGUACUUGUAGCAACGGUGAAACCUGCGUUAGCGAGGAUAAGAUCAACUGGAGAUGUGAGAUGCAUGUUGGUGCCCAGAUCCGAUUGGUCAAUGGUGACAACUACUGCUCUGGGAGAGUGGAGAUCUUCCACAGUCACCAGUGGGGGACGGUCUGUGACGAUGAGUGGGACAUAAAAGAUGCCGAGGUGGUGUGUAGGCAGCUGGGCUGUGGGAGAGCCCUGUCUUCAUUAGGCCUUGCUGCCUUCGGACCGGGCAGCGGUCGGAUCUGGAUGGAUAAUGUUCGGUGUUCAGGCAAUGAGUCCUCCCUCACACAGUGUGGUCACAAUGGGUUCGGGACUUUCAACUGUGGUCAUCAAGAAGACGCUGGUGUCGUGUGUUCAGUCGAUAAUUCGAUCCGAUUGGUCAAUGGUGACAACUACUGCUCUGGGAGAGUGGAGAUCUUCCACAGUCGCCAGUGGGGGACGGUCUGUGACAAUGAGUGGGACAUAAAAGAUGCUGAGGUGGUGUGUAGACAGCUGGGCUGUGGGAGAGCCCUGGACACACCCAGCAGUGCUGCCUUCGGACCGGGCAGCGGUCAGAUCUGGAUGGAUAAUGUUCGGUGUUCAGGCAGUGAGUCCUCUCUCACACAGUGUGGUCACAAUGGGUUCGGGACUCACAACUGUAGUCAUUCAGAAGACGCUGGUGUCGUCUGUUCAGCGUGGCCCACCUUUCCAGACCCAGAGCUGCUGUGUGGGCAGAAUCUCCUGCAGGUGGGUCUACAGAGGGAGGCUCUGGAGGCUGCCGGUCUGAACGCUUCCAGCGCUCACCUGGCUGACCGGCGCUGUGUGGCCCAUGUGGAGCGGAAUGGCCAGGUGUGGUACCAGGUGGAGCGCAGGGAGGGACGCUGUGGAAACCUUUUGAAGACAAACCGUACACACAUGGUUUUCUCCAACAGUUUAUUUGUUUACCCCUUGCCUUUGGGAAAUGUCUCCUUUUCUCGUCCUGUCAGCAUCCCCAUCACCUGCAUCUAUCCCCUGGAUACUAAGACCAGUCUGGACGUGGUCAUCGCACCACGGCUGUUUAGGAAGGAGGUGGGCGUGGUUGGCAUCGGUGCCAGGGCUACAGCCACCAUGUCUUUGUACCGGAACACAGAUUACACAGAGCCUUUCCCCGCGGGCCAGAUCACCCUGCCGAUUGGCUCCGUCCUGCAUGUGGGCGUGGCCGUAGAGGAGUCGGAGACUGGGCGUCUUGUUGUUGUCCUGGAGACCUGCUACGCCACUCCGUCUCCGAACCCUGACGACCACAUGCAGUACCCUUUGAUUCAGAACAGGUGUCCUAGCGAUCCCACUCAGGUGACUGUGGAUGAGAGCGGCUCGUCCCUGAGGGCUCGGUUCUCAGCCCUGCUGUUCCUGUACCAGGGGGACUACAGGGACGUCUACCUGCACUGCAGCCUCAGCCUGUGUGACCGGGGGAGUCAAUCCUGCACGCCGAACUGUUCUAGAAGAAUAUCCCGCUCUGUCUCCUCCCCAGUCUCCAGAGUUCCCCUUACUAUUGGACCAAUCAGCUGGACUGGAGGACCAGAGUGACCGACCAACUUUCCAGAAGGUUAUAGCCUGCUGAGAUUUGGGCCAAUGUAGAUGAACGGUCAGAGGCGCCACUUUCUCCACAACAGCUGUUGUUUAGUGAUUUUUUAUGUUUCUGGGCCGUGCUGUUUAUUGCUGACCCUGAGAAGAUAUCCACUGGUUGCAGAGAUGCGGUUUGUUGACGUCACAACACAGUGCAGACUGCCAUGUAAACAGUGCUUAUCAAUAUAAACAUCUUAAUUCCACUGCUCAGUUUUGAUAUAUAUUGAUAUACUGUAUAAUCAGCAUUUUGAGAUUAAAACCAAACCUUUUU